AUGACAUCACUCAAAGAGACGAGUCCGACUGCUGAAAAGGAUGUCACUAGACACGAUGAUAUGAUGAACAACGCUGAGCAGGGCCUUGUAGCCACGGAUCAGUACGGCAGGGCACUCGUGGAGAUUGAUAAAAAAGCCGAGUCUCGGUUGCGUAGGAAGAUCAACCUCUAUGUUCUUCCACCGGUGGCUUUGAUGUACCUAUUUUGUUUCAUCGACCGUGCUAACAUCGGAAAUGCCAAGCUCGCGGGAUUGGAGAAAGAUUUAGGUCUCCACGGAUACGACUACAAUGCGAUCUUAUCCGUAUUCUACAUUUCGUAUAUUAUCUUCGAAAUCCCAUCAACCAUCGCCUGCAAAGUCAUCGGUCCGGGCUGGUUUCUUCCGGCAACUACGGUCCUCUUUGGAGUAUGCUCUCUCUGCACCGCGCUCGUCAAUGAUAUCCACGCCGCGUCGGGAGUCCGCUUUCUUCUGGGAAUCUUCGAGGCAGGCAUGUUGCCCGGCAUUGCAUACUACCUGUCCAGAUGGUAUCGACGGAGAGAGCUUGCCUUCUAUCUAUCAAUCUAUGUCGCAACGGCCCCUCUCGCCGGCGCCUUCGGUGGGCUGCUCGCAUCCGCCAUUCUCACCCUUGACCACUUUGGCACCUUUCAUACCUGGCGAAUGAUUUUCGCCAUCGAAGGCCUAAUCACCAUCGCCAUAGGCCUGAUCAGCUUCGUGAUCCUAACCGACCGCCCCGAAACGGCCCGCUGGCUCACCCAGGCAGAGAAGGAUCUCGCCACAACGCGCCUCAAAUCAGAACGGGUCGGCACAACUGAAGUCCUAGACCAUCUGGACAAGCCCAAAAUGCUCCGCGGCAUCCUCUCCCCAGUCACCCUCUGCACGGCCAUCAUCUUCCUCCUCAACAACAUCACCGUCUCCGGCCUCGCCUUCUUCGCCCCUACCAUCGUCAAAUCCAUCUACCCGCACACCACCGUCGUCGCCCAACAACUCCACACCGUGCCCCCAUACAUCGUCGGCGCCUUCUUCACCAUCCUCUUCCCCUAUCUCAGUUUCCGCUUCGACCACCGUCUCAUCUUCUUCCUCCUCGGCCCUCCCCUGAUCGUCACAGGCUACAUCAUGUUCCUCGCCACAACCUCCUCCCACGUCCGCUACGGAGCCACCUUUUGCAUCUCCAGCGCGACCUUCACCUUCGGUGCCCUUUGCAACGCCCACGUCUCCAACAACGUCAUCUCCGAUACCGCCCGCUCUGCAGCUAUCGGCACAAACGUGAUGUUUGGAAAUAUCGGCGGCCUCAUCUCCACGUGGUCCUACUUACCGUCUGAUGCACCGGACUACCACAUUGGAAACGGAUUAAACCUGGCGACGUCGGUCAUGACAAUCCUUCUCGCGGCGGGGAUGUGGGCGUGGAUGAGAUGGGAUAAUCGGCGGAGAGAGGAAGUCGAUGUCGACGCUGCGUUGGGGGGAUUGAGUCAGGCGGAGGUGCAGGAUUUGGAUUGGUUGAAUCCGGGGUUUAAGUGGCGCAUGUGA